AUGUAUGAUGAAGUAUCUACAAAAGGGUCUUUGUGGAAAGAAAAAAUAGCGACAUUCCAAAAUAAAAUUGUUAUGCCAUUUUUUAUGUAUAUUGAUGAUGUAGAAAUAAAUAAUCCAUUGGGUUCAAAAUCAAUGUGUCAUUCUAUAUCAGCCGUAUAUUAUAGUUUCCCUCUAAAUGAACAAAGUUCUAGACUCGAUAAUAUUUUUUUAGCCGCUCUUAUUAAGUCCAAAGAUUUAAAAACCUUUGGAAAUGAUUUGUGUUUUAAGAAGUUGGUAGAUGAAAUAAACAGCUUAGAGAAUGAUGGAAUUAUGAUUGAUACCUCUGAAGGUUCCAAAACAGUUUAUUUCAUUCUUGGCUUGUUAGUAGGAGACAAUUUAGGAGUUAAUAGUAUUUGUGAAUUCAGCAAAUCAUUUUCUGCAAACUUUUUUUGUCGAUUUUGCAAAGCUCAUAAACACUUGACACAUAGUUUAUCACAUGAAGAUAGUACCUUACUACGUAAUAUUCAUAAUUAUACAGAAGAUGUACUAAAAAAUGAUUUUUCACAAUCUGGUAUUUAUAAGGAAAGUAUAUUAAAUCAAAUACAAUCAUUUCAUGUUACUUCAAAUUUUAGUAUAGAUGUAAUGCAUGAUAUAUUUGAGGGUAUAUGCCAUUACAAUAUGUCCCAUAUAAUUAUUUAUUUUACUGAAAAUGUUAAAAUUUUCUCUCUAGAAACUCUUAAUUUCAGAAAACAGAAUUUUAACUAUGGACUUGAGCAAAAAAAUUUAUCUCCUCAAAUUGAAAAACAUCAUCUUCAUAAAUUUCACCUCAAAAUGUCAGCAAGACAAAUGAUGUGCUUUGUUCAUUUUUUUACGUUAAUAGUUGGUGAUUUAAUACCAGAUAAUGAUGAAGUUUGGCAAUUUUUUUUAAACUUUCUUGAAAUAGUUGAAAUAUUACUAGGACAUCAACUUACUCAGCAAGGUACUGUUCCACAUUUAAAAAAUCUCAUAAGUAGACAUAAUACAGAGUAUGUUUUAUUUUUCCAAGACAAUUUAAAACCCAAACAUCAUUUAUUGACCCAUUAUCCAUCAAUUAUUUUGAAGUCAGGGCCUCCAAGAAAUUUUUGGUGCUUUCGCUAUGAGGCUAAGCACAAAGAGUUUAAGAUGUAUGCUAGAGCAAUAACAUCUAGAAAAAAUAUUUGUUUAACAUUGGCUAAUAAGUAUCAAUUCAAAUUUGCACACUUCUUAUUAAGUCAAAAAUAUGACUACUCGGAGAUCAAUAUAAGUACAACAUACAAAACUGGAAAUUACCUAACUAGUUUCAUUAAUGAAGUAUGUUUAUAUGAAAUUCUUGAAAUUAUCAUAUUAAAAAAUAAUGAUAUACAUUUUGUUGUUCACCAAAUUCAAUUGGAAUGGUUUAAUUCUCAUUUAAGAACAUAUGAAGUCGAUAGAAACAAAGCUGUAGUGUCAAAAAGUGUUAUGAGUAUAAAAGAAUUUAGUGGUCCACCAAUAAAUAUUAUUCAAUUUUCUGAUAACAAAUUAAUGAUUCGGCUAAAAGAAUAUUAUUAA